AUGACUCACGAGCUUACGGUUAUUGACAUGUUUAAAGAGAUUUCUGAGCUGAGGCUCUUGUUUGCUAUGGAGCAAGGAGUAAAACAGAGCUGUAAGCUUAAACCAGAGCAAGAAGUUCUUAUUGGGAUCAACUGGAAUAUCCCACCUGAUCAAUGCUAUCAAGAAAAAUCAGGUUUGGGGAAGAAAGCAAGCCUAGAAGAAGGGAAGGAAUCUGCAGAGAGCAAGUACUGCUUGGAGGAGUUAGAGAAAUACACUUUUUCUGUGUGUUGCCACUCUGUUGCUGAAGUGAAGCUGGCCAGACAAGUUGUUGAGCGUUUCCAUUUCAUAAUCUACGCAGCCUUCUCUGAGCUGGGGACCAUACGCUGGCACUCUGGGGACUUCUGGCUGCUCAUGCUGCUGGUGAUUUUACUUUGGUUUGUGAGGCUUUACCUACAUUAUUUGAGCCAGUGGCUCUUCCUUCAGACCAUCUCAGUUCCUGUUACAAAAUUUCAGCUUUUCCCUCACACUGUUGAACUGUGCUACCAGAACUCCUUACUGCAGACCAGUGAAGAAUUGGUCAUGGUUGCGGUGGGACCCCUAACCCUGAACGCUGGGCUGCUGCUUAUGGUCCUGAUCAGAUGGGGCUGUCAGCAGCUGUUUGACUCAUUCCCUUCCUUCUUGUCAAAGUUUAUCAUAGCUAUGGGACUCUGGACACUGCUAGACCCCUUGGCAGUGUUUGUAGUGGAUUCACUCCUGGGGCGACUUGGAAACAGUGUGGAGAAACCCAUUGCUGAUGCUGCAAAACUCUACUGGGCCUUUCUAAGAGCAGAGGAGUCAGGGAUUCCUGGUGUCUUAAUCACUGUGAUGCUUUAUGCAAUCCUGUUCAUCAUCUCAUUGGCGUUGUUGUACCUGUACUUUUUAAGGCUACACAGUGAAGGCUGGCUGUUGGAUGUGUUUCAACGCAUUCAUGGGGAGGAAGGCACAUUCUUUGUUCCACUGGACUUGGAGAUUUCCACUCAGGAACUGAGCUACAUUAUGAAGAGGGCUGAGCAGUGGAGAGGAAUUAAUGGUGAAAGACGUAUGGUGGCAGUGUCUGAUUACAUCUGGAAGGACCAUGCCAGCCAGCCUGGUGUCUCCAGCUGUGACCUCCAACACCAGGAUGAAAUAUUGGACUCUACACCCUCCGCCAAAGGUAGCACCACAGUUUGCAUCUCUGUCUACACUCUCCACCUCAGCGGCUUCCGGGAGCUCUACAGGCACUUCCUCAGGCUACCUGAUGGGGCCAUUGUGGAGGGUGAAGACACCAGAGUCUUAAAGCUGGCCAAAGAAAACAAGAGAAGGCAUGUGGCCUACAUCAAGUAG